GCCAAAUCUUCUUAGUUACCAAGAGUAAUAUUAUCCUAUUUACAUCACUAAUUACUGUUAAGUUUUCGAGCUUCAACUUUUUUUAGUACAACUCAUCCACCAUUUAUUAAGAGCAACCGAAAAGCGCAGAGUACUACCAGUCUAGUAAAAUAUGUCGCGUUAUGGUUUCAUUCGCCGUCAGCAUGUUCCCAAGGAAGAUCGAGCGCUACCUCAUUCAUACAGUCCAAACGAAGUGCCGUCACCAUGCAACGAACCCAAUGUGCCGAACGAAUCGGGAGGACAAGAGAGGGCAAUCGAAGACAAUCUAAACUUGCAGUCGACAAUUAGCACCGGUCAAAGCUAUGACUUAUCGUCCGACGACGACAAUAACACGUUGAAUCACUUCAACUCGAUAGUAAGUCCGACUUCAGACGGUCUAUUCAAGACGGAAAACGCUACAAGUGCAGGUGGCAUCUUAGCUGGAGACAAUACAGAAAAUUCAAAUAAUGAUCCCCAUGUUCGGCAAAGUUUGAACAAAAUUACGGAUCCAGUAAAGCACGCAAAUCCUGCAAUUCGAGGGGGAGUAAAUGUGACAGGCAAAAUCAGCGGAGCAAAUGAAAAUCGUUUUAUCUCGAUUUCUCUUCGAUUCAGAACUGUAAGAGGAAGUAAAUUCAGCGAUGAAGAGUUCACAGCCGAAAGACCCACUAAAAACUGGGUGAGCCGUUUCAAAGAUUCUCAGAAGGGAAUCAACCCUCAUCGAAGACAGAAGCACAAGGCAAAAUCUAAAAAAGAUAACGCUGGAAAGCGUGUCUGGAGAAAGUUGCAAUUUAGAGAUCUGGGGAUGGAACUGUCAUAUGCGGAGGUGAAGAUAGCAGAGGGGAAGCCACGAAAUCAUUUGGCCGCGGAUUCGAGAAUUGGUAAUACGAGGAAGCCUAGGCCAGGUUACUCUAACCUACGAUAUUGCUUGACGUAUCUCAAGCAGGCUCAAGAUACAGUGUCUGACUUUGGAAAUUCGUGGACAUGUGAUCAUAAGCAGUGGUCUUCUCGUUGGAGUACAGUACGCGCUGCAGCUUUGUGCCUUGGAGUUUGAGUUGCAGUUUCAAGGAUAUUCAUGAUCAGUUGUGCAUGUACACAAAGCGAAUUAUGCAGUUUUAAACUUAAAUAUUAGCUCAAUCAACCAGCGA